AUGCGACCAGUCCUUAGGGUUCCGCGUGCGCUACCGGCACCGGUCUGUCGUCCCCGAAUCCCACCUCGCAUUGACCUGGCUCGCGGUGCUAGAUUGAACAGUACCAAUGCCACUGGAAAAACAGAGAACACAAAAGAAAGCGACUUUUCCAGUUCAGAGUCUACGACCUCGCCCUUCUGGACCCCAACCAAGGCUCUGCUCGUCUCCGCAUUUGCUGCGGGGUUGGGCUACGGUUACGCCUCGUAUAACCAGACACCAUCACAAGCGUCGAAGAAGCCACAAUAUGGCUCGACAAAGGAUUUUGAAAAGGCCAUCAGUGAGCUGAGAGCGAAGCUCGGCGACGACUCAAUCAGCACAGAAGAAGACGAACUCCACCAACACGGCUACUCGGAAUGGUCCAGUUUAAAUGCUGAGCGACUACCAGUCGCAAUUGCAUACCCCACGACCACCGAAGAAGUCUCUGAGAUCGCCAAAGUCUGCAACAAGUACCGCAUGCCGAUGAUCCCGUACUCCGGCGGCUCAAGUCUAGAAGCCAAUUUCUCCGCCCCGCACGGUGGCAUGACCAUCGACUUCGCGUUCAUGAACAAAGUGCUCGACAUCCACCCCGAAGACAUGGACGUCGUCGUCCAGCCCUCCAUCCAAUGGAUGGAUCUGAACGAGAAGAUCAAGGAAACCGGCCUCUUCUUCCCUGUUGACCCAGGCCCAUCCGCAAUGAUCGGUGGUAUGGUGGGCACGAACUGCAGUGGCACCAAUGCCGUCCGCUAUGGCACCAUGAAGGACUGGGUCAUCAAUCUCACGGUCGUCCUGGCUGACGGCCGCAUUAUCAAGACCCGCAGACGUCCACGCAAGACUUCUGCAGGAUACAAUCUUACUGGAUUGUUUGUAGGCUCCGAGGGGACGCUCGGCAUCGUCACCGAGGCUACGCUGAAGCUGGCCCCGCUCCCUGAGCAGACUCGCGUUGGUGUUGUUGCGUUCCCGACUAUCCGUGACGCUGCUUCAACUGCUAUGCAGCUGAUACGGAAGGGUGUCGUUGUGCAGUGCAUGGAGAUCAUGGAUGAUGUCCAGAUGGACGUUAUCAAUCGGGCGGGUGGAACCGGUCGUGAAUGGAAGGUCUCGCCUACCUUGUUCUUCAAGUUCUCGGGAACCAAGGCUGGCGUUGCGGAUAGUAUCGAUUUGACCACGAAGAUUGCGAAACGCAAUAAGGCGGAGUCUUUCGAGUUUGCUCGUGAUGACCGUGAAGCUCAUGACCUGUGGUCUGCGCGGAAGCAAUCUUUGUGGAGCAUGAUGGCUUUGCGCAAGAAGGGGUCGGAGGUGUGGUCGACGGAUGUGGCGGUGCCUAUUUCUCGUUUGCCUGAUAUCAUCGAAAUCUCCAAGAAAGAACUGGUCGACCUGGGCCUCUUCGCCAGUAUUCUUGGCCACAUUGGCGACGGUAACUUCCAUUCCAGCAUUAUGUACAACCGAAACGAUCCCGUUGAGAGGGAGCGCGUGGAGAAAGUGGUAUACGAUAUGGUUGAUCGUGGAUUGGAAAUGGAGGGCUCAUGCACAGGCGAACACGGUGUUGGUUUAGGCAAGAAGGGAUCCCUGAAAAAGGAAGUUGGGCCUGAAACAAUCAACGUUAUGCGUAGUUUAAAGCGUUCAUUGGAUCCGCACUGGCUGCUCAACCCUGGCAAGAUAUUCGAUCACGAUGACGAAACACCUGGCCCGGGGCACUGA